AUGAAGUUGAAAUCGGUGUUUGACGCUUCGGAAAUCAGAUCGGAAUUCGAGUCAGCGGGAAUAAACCCUAAUUUCGUGAUUCCCAUCUGGAAGUAUGUAAUUCAGAAUCCUGAUUGCGUUUGGGAUGAGAUUCCUUCAUUGCCCUCCGCUGCAUACACGCUCCUCCAUUCCAAGUUCAAGACUCUCACUUCGUCUCUUCACUCCCUCUUCCACUCCUCCGAUGGCACCACCUCAAAACUCCUCAUCAAGCUCCAGAAUGGAGCUUUUGUGGAAGCUGUGAUAAUGCGAUACGAUACUCGGUUGGGGAUGUGUGGAGGGAAACCACGUCCAGGAGGUGUAAGGUCUACAUUAUGCAUUUCAUCCCAGGUUGGCUGCAAAAUGGGCUGCACAUUCUGUGCAACUGGAAGCAUGGGAUUCAAAAGCAAUUUAACAUCUGGAGAAAUUGUGGAGCAGCUCGUUCACGCCUCUCGCCUAGCUGAUAUACGCAACAUCGUUUUCAUGGGAAUGGGAGAACCGUUAAAUAACUACAAUGGUGUUGUUGAAGCUGUCCGCGUCAUGUUAAAACAGCCUUUUCAGCUUUCACCCAAAAGAAUCACCAUAUCAACUGUUGGAGUUAUUCAUGCGAUUAACAAGCUUCACAAUGAUCUACCAGGUGUAAGUUUGGCGGUAUCUCUUCAUGCGCCAGUUCAAGAAAUUCGCUGUCAGAUCAUGCCAGCAGCUAGAGCCUUUCCUCUUCAAAAACUUAUGGAUGCACUUCAAGCUUUCCAGAAAAACAGUGGUAAAGUCUUCGAUUUCUUAAUACUACAAGAGUUUCUGGGACUAUCUGAUGGAAACUCUGUGCCGUUUUUCUUUAACCAGGUGAUAAAUUUGAUACCGUUUAACCCAAUCGGAUCCACAAGCCAAUUCAAGACCAGCACCAAACAAAGCGUCUCAAGCUUCCAGAAAAUCCUGAGGGAAACAUACAAAAUCCGAACCACAAUUCGCAAAGAAAUGGGUCAGGAUAUUAGCGGUGCUUGUGGUCAGCUAGUCGUGAAUCAACCGGACAGCAAGAGACCUCCUGGAACUGUGGAACCACUUAGAGACAUUGAAGACCUGCAUCUUUAA